AUGAUCACCAUUAGUACGAUAUUUCUUCUUAUCGGAUUAUCUAUUUGUAAUGGAAAAUCACCAUUAAAACAAAAAUGUGCAGAAGAUCCAUUUGAUUUUGCAACAAAAGUGGAAAAUUCAUCGAUUGUUGUUUAUGGAAAAGCAAUUGAAAAAAAAUUGGAAAAAGAAAAUGGAUCAACGGUUCAUCUUUUAUUUCAAGUUGAUUGUAUUUUGAAAGGACCAGCUAUACCAAGACAUAUUAAUAUUACAGGAGUUGGUCUACCCGAAGAUAAAACAUAUUGUCAACCACCUUUUGAUUGGGGUCAAAGAAUUGCUUUUCUUGAAUAUGAUCCAUUAAAUGAUUCAAAAACAUUUAUCCCAUCUGAUUUUGUUGAUAUACUUUUUGAAGAUGAUUCAACAAAUAAAAUAUUAGUUAAUACAUGUAAUCUUCAACAAUUGGUACCACUUGAUUCAUCAUUAUCAAUUACUGAUGUAUGUCCUUUUGUUUCAACUGGUCCUCAAUGUAUUCAAACAACAAACGAAACUUAUAUGGAUUUAACUAGUAUUGGUUCAGAUUUAUUACCAACAAUUAUUCCAGAUGGAUCACAACAUGAAAUUGAUACUAUUCAAAGUAAAUCUGCUACUAUUCAAGUUGAUGUUGAUAAACAUAAUGGAGUUAAUUCAAUACAUAUUAGUAUAUUUCUUAUCGUAAUGGCUAUUCUUUUUUUGUGUUAUUGA